GAAAAAGUUUUACAUGAUGUGGGCCUUUUGUUUCCCUGAGCUCUUCGACGGUCCACGGGCUAUUUCUAAACUGCGCUCUCUCUCCCCUUGCGAUCUCCGGCGAACUUCCUGCCCCGGAAACUUUCUCUAGAUGGACGACUGCUGCGCAGUGUGCGCCGAAUCCCUCGAGUGGGUCGCCUAUGGAUCUUGCGGCCAUCGCGAUGUAUGCUCCACUUGUGUUGUCCGUCUCCGCUUUGUUCUCGGCGAUCGCCGCUGCUGCAUCUGCAAGACUGAAUGCCCAUCCGUUUUCAUCACCAGGGCUUUGGGGAGUUUCACUGAGGCAAAAGUAAAUUUUUCGGAGUUCCCACCUGGCGUUACAGAAGGUCAGCAUGGGAAAUAUUGGUACCAUGAGGAUUCACAGGCAUUCUUUGAUGAUGUAGACCAUUACAGAAUGAUAAGCGCCAUGUGCAGGCUUUCAUGUAGUAUUUGUGAUAACGAUGCUGAGGAGCUGAGGAAAGACAGGAGUAACAGAAGGCAUAGAUUUAAGAACAUCGAGCAGUUGAAGGGCCAUCUCUACCAUCAACACAAAAUGUUCAUGUGCAAUCUAUGCAUGGAAGGGAGGAAGAUAUUUAUCUCCGAACAGAAGCUUUACACUAGAUCACAGCUGAGGCAGCACGUAACCACUGGUGAUUCAGAGGUGGACGGCAGCGAGAGUGAGCGUGGUGGCUUUACAGGCCAUCCCAUGUGUGAAUUCUGCAAAAACCCCUUUUAUGGAGAUACCGAACUCUACAUGCAUAUGUCGAGAGAACAUUUCACCUGCCACAUCUGCCAGAGGCAACAUCCUGGUCAGUAUGAUUAUUAUAGGAGCUAUGAGGACCUAGAGACUCAUUUCCUGCAAGACCAUUUUUUAUGUGAAAAUGAAGCCUGCCUGGCAAAGAAGUUUGUUGUCUUUCAAACUGAUGCUGAAAUGAAGAGGCACAAUGCUAUUGAGCAUGGGGGUCACAUGUCACGUGCCAAGAGGAAUGCUGCCCUUCAGAUACCUAUUAGUUUUAGAUAUCGACGGAAUGAGCAAGACCAACGACGAGGAAGAAGACGUGAUCUUCAUCCUGAACCAUCUGAUAACCAAUUAAAUAUGGCAAUACAAGCUAGUUUGGAGACUGCAUUUUCAGAGGGUAGGCUUCAUGACUCAUCAUAUGGUAGUAGACUAAAUGCUGAACAUGGAGAAGCAAGUCAAGCUGAUGAAAUCACAAGUUCCAUGGAACCAUUAGCUAUCUCUUCACAGUCUGAACCGGUCUCUUCAAGAUCUAUUGCAGCCAAUAGAAAUGGCUCUGGAAAUGAAUCUAUUCUUCAGGAUAUAUCCUUUCCUCCCCUCUCUGAUUUUGAACCACCACAACCAUCGUCCAGGUAUGCACAGGUUCUUAAUCAAAGGAGCAGAGCUAGUUUGGGAGAAGAAUCAUUUCCUCCACUACAUGGACUGAGAGAAAGCAAUAAGCCAAAGCCUGGACCUGUUUCAGACGGCUUAGUGUCAGAUACAAUUGCAUCUCGUAUUAAUCCUCGUAAGAAGGGUUCUGUGAAAAUUCUGCACUCUGCUCAGUCGAGGCCAGUUGAAAACUAUGAAGCUGGCUCCUCUGCUUCUUCAAGUUCUCACAUGAGAUCCACACAGAAUUCUCAACCAGCUCCUUCAACUUCUUCAUAUUCUAGGCCUAGGGGUUUGCUGAGUCAGGUGGCUCCACCAUCCAGUUCUGUCUCUCAGGUUACUCAAGUAGGAGAAAAUGGGUUUGCACCCACUAUUCCUACAAAUUCUGCAUGGAAACCUAAUGACAUGAGAAUUAAGCAUUCAGCAUCAUCUCCUAAUCUCCACAACAGUGAUCCUUCAGAGGCCACUACAUCCCAAAUGGUAUCUGCUAUCACUUCAAAUAAAGAAUCGCCAGCACUUACAGAAUCUCUGCCACAUGUGGAUGUUCAGAGAGCGAACAAAUCUUUGGUAGAGAGUAUUCGUGCCGGUUUAGGAAUGGAUGAGAAUAAAUAUGCAGCAUUCAGAAGCAUUUCUGCUGAAUAUCGUCAGAGCCUUAUAAAUUCUUGGGAAUAUCUCUCUUAUGUCGAGCAGUUUGGCCUUUCACAUCUUGUUCUUGAACUAGCUCAGCUCUGCCCUGAUCCCCAUAAACAGAAGGAACUUGUUGAUGCUUAUAAUGCUAAUCUACUUGCUAAUAAUCAGCGUGAAAACACUAGUAAUGCUGUUUUCUCAAAGAAAGAUGCGAAGAAGGGGAAAGGAAAGACAAAAGUUAUUGGUCACACAGAAAAUUCUACUGCAAAAGAUGCAUUGGCGGAUAGCAUUUUAGAACAGGUUAGAAAGCUGCAGUCAAGUCGCCAUCCUUUAGACAAUGAAGUGGAGGUUUUGACAAAGGAUGGGUACCGAAGUAAUAUGGUUAAAAUUCCUUCAGCCAUAGAAGUUGGGGGCAAUACAGGCUCUGUGAACUCAACUGUCAGUGGUUCAGGCAGUAAAAAAGAAAUCGUUACUAACAAUGGCUUGGGAGGCGAAGGACAUAAGAAAAACAAAAAGACGUCAAAGUUCAACAGAAUUCGCCUGGGUGAUGGUUCAGCUGCAGCUUUUCUUGAUCUACGUCAUCAGCAAACUAGCCCUGAAAAAACCGACGAGGACAGAAGAAACAAGCCAGCUGAUGUGUUACCAGCUCGGGGUGUUUGGGGUAAAGGGGGCGGACAGAAACUUUUCACGCAGACAGGCACCUCCAAAUGAGACUAUUCUCGCAGUUUUUAUUCUUUUGUUUUUUUAAAAGUUACUUUUGUGUAGUUAUUAAUUUACUAUGUCAUGCCAUAUUUGUUUUUUUAGUGCAAGCAGGAGCCAGAGCAGAGUAAGCGGGUAAAACUUUGUGAAGAUGUUUAAUGUCUUGGUUUUCCCUAUCGCACUGCAGAAAUUGAGGUAAAUCAUAUAUAAUACUUGUAUAAUGAGGUAUUGGCGGCUUUUUUUUUAGGAAAUAAUAUGAUUUUAUUCUUCUUUAUGUUUUCUAAAUAUUUUUGGAGACAUGCCAAGGCAUCUUCCAGUGUACCAUAAUUGCGGAGGAAUGCCUGUUAUUUAUUGGAACUUGAUAGUUUUUGACUUUUCAUUUCAAUACAUUGGCCUAUCCCUGUUUGGAGGCUUUAUCUCAUUGUUCUUGCUAUGCAAGUUCUUCUAUUGGAAUAAUUUUGUUGAUA